AUGGAUCGUGAACGUGGACGAUCUCAGAAUGUCUCACGGCGGUGGGAUCCAACCAGAGCAGCGUGGCUAUAUCCCCUUCGGGGCAUCCACUAUUUUGCGACUCACCGCUUCCUCUGGCCCUUAUUCAAAGCCCGCCUAGUACCAAUUGUACUCCUCUCAUCCUUCGUAUAUUUCCUGCUCUUCUUUUUCACAUACCUCCCACAGGUAGCAUUUCUAGCUAUCUUCCAAGGAGUUGGAGCAUGGGUGAGUGGAGCUUUCUUGGUACUGGGUGAAGGAGCGGCUAUUGUAGCCGCAUUAUUCGAGGCGUUCUUUGUCGAUGAGACUUUGGUGGAUAUAUUUGACUCUGUUCUUGUCAAUGAGGGACAAGAACAGCUCGUAUUGGCCUCGCGAGUUAUCUACCCAGAAGCCGGUGACCCGACAAGCCGCCUCGGCACCCCAACAACCAGCGCAGUUUAUUCCCCCUUUUCCUUACGACAGAUCUUGGAGUUUAUUCUCCUGCUUCCGCUGAACUUCAUCCCGGUGGCCGGAACACCCAUGUUCCUGGUGCUUACUGGAUAUCGAGGUGGUCCAUUCCACCACUGGCGGUACUUUCAACUCCUGGAUUUCACAAAACAGGAGAGGAAGGCCAGUGUCAGUCGACGACAGUUGCAGUACACCACAUUCGGUACUGUUGCUUUGGUUCUGCAAUUGAUACCUCCCUUUUCCAUGCUCUUUUUGAUGACUACAGCGGCCGGUGCUGCUCUUUGGGCGGCAGAACUGGAACAAAAACGACAACUCGCAAGUCGACGACCCACUCGACUUGGUGACGCAUAUCACGAUGAUGAUGAUUUCACGGUUUAA